UCAUCUGUCGACGGUCAUUCGGCUGACAAAGGAGGUCGCGCAUCGUUGUUUGCCAGUUCGUUUUUAUUCUCUUUCAAGUGUUACGUGUUUCAGUCGUGUGAUAGUCGUUCGUUUCGCAGAUCGAUCAAGAUUUUGAAGUGACAGUGUUAUUAAAUCAGUGCAUUACGCGAUCUGAUUGUUUGGAAGAAAGUAACGUUAGCCAACUGUCAAGGAACGCAACAUUAGCUCUUGUAGCAGUGUUUCGUGGGAAAGCUGCCUUAACAGCAUCUUUUAAUGCAGUAUGCCCUCUGCGAUGAAUGGCGAUAGCUCGGUGCACUCCACCAGUCCUGAGCUGGGUUCUGCCCCUGUGGCCUCGGGCGCCGGCGGAUCACAAACGGAGGCGUUGAAGCAAGUCCUUACGGUGAUCGAGAAGAAGGUUCGCAACAUGGAGAAGAAGAAGGGCAAGCUGGAGGACUACCAGAGCAAGAAGAACAGAGGGGAGAACCUCAACGCUGAUCAGCUGGAUGCCCUGGCUAAAUCCCAGGAGGUCACCCAUAAUCUGGAUUUUGCUCGGGAGCUACAGAAGAACUUUUUGGCACUGGGGAUUGAUCUCCAGAAGGCGGAGCGCAAGGCGUGCCGGCGGGAGCAGCUGCGGCGCGAGCAGCAGGAGCGGAGGAGGCUGCAGCGGCUGCUGGAGGUGCAGCUCCUGCUGGACCAGCUGGGGGAGGAGGCGGUCAGGGAGGAGCUGCGGCGCGGCGACGGUGACCACGGCGACCACCCCAUCCUCACCAGCGCCCAGCUCAUCGCGCUCGACAACUUCUACAAGCUCCUCAACCCCGAGAGGGACGCCAGCGGCAGGUUGGCGGAGCAGUUUGAAGAGGCAUCCGUGCACAUGUGGGAGUUGCUGGAGGGCAAAGACAAGCCUGUUGUAGGGACCACUUAUAAAGCCCUGAAGGAGACUGUGGAUCGGGUGCUUCAAAGCGGUUACUUCCAGCGCACACACACGCAUCAGAAUGGAGUGUGUGAGGAGGAGCUGUCCUCGGCGGCAGCAGCGGUCGUGGCCCCGUCGGAGUCAUCAGAGGCCGACGAGGAGCCGGAGCCAGCAGUGGCAGAGGGAACACCUGAGCAGGACUACACAGAGGAUGUAGUGGACACAAAAGAGUUUGUGAACAUGGAGCUCGUACCACAGGAUUCCCACAGCAGCACACAGGAAGAACCUGCCUCAGAGUGGAAUCAGGAGGCAGAGGUGUCGUUGCAUACGCAGCAGCAGCCGCCCCCCUCUGAGGCUCCUCCUACAUCAGCUGACCCCGCCCCUCCCGUCUCCGUGGCAGCCGACCCAGUGGUGCGCAAACAGGUGGUGCAGGACCUGAUGGCCCAGAUGCAGGGAACAUACAACUUCAUGCAGGAGUCAGUGCUGGAGUAUGAUGGGCCGGCAAUGGACCCCGCCAUAGUGUCUGUCCAGUCCAUGAGUCCCGCCCGCAACCUAGAGAGGGCACAGAUGGUUCACUCAGAAGCCCAGCUGCUCUCUCAGCCCAGUGCUGUCCCUUCACAGCCAGAGGUGAGUCCUGAUAACCGAAUGGCAGCCCUUCACACACACACACACACACACACAGCCAGAGGUGAGUCCUGAUAACCGAAUGGCAGC